GCUUGCCUAGACCGGUCGCAGCGCUUCGUGCGGGGCCGGGAGGAAGGAAGAUGGUGGCGCCGGAGCAGCUCCGCGUGGUGCGUUGCGGCGGCAGCGGGUUGAAUGGGAGUCGCGCCGUCUUCUCAGCCGAUUCCAAGUACCUCUUGUGCACUUCAGGUGAUUAUGUGAAAGUCUACAGUACAGCUACAGAAGAAUGUCUGCAUGUCCUGCAGGGUCAUAGCAACCUGGUGACAGGAAUCCAGUUGAAUCCCCAAAACCAUUUGCAGCUCUAUUCAUGGUCUCUAGAUGGCACCAUUAAGCUUUGGGAUUUUUUGGAUGGCAUUCUCAUCAAGACAUUCGUUGUUGGGUUCAAACUCCUUGCACUCUAUGCGCUUCCCAGUUUUGAGAACUCUGUGUUUCUUAUCAUCCCAAAGGAUAAUGCAGAACAGUCAGGUGUAUUUCAACUAGUUUCACUGAAACUUCCAAAAAUACCGGGGCAAGAAGUGGAAGCCAAAGAGCUGGAAUUGAUUUUAGACGGCAUAAGCCAGUCACCCAAAUGUACUGCGUUUGGAAGAGAUGGGGAAUAUGUGGUAUCAGUCUCCGAACUAUACCUCCUUGUUUGUUUUUUCAAGAAGAAAAAGAUUUACAGCUUUCCUGUAGGCUCAGAAGUCAGAGGUAGUUCAACGAGUUGCUUCACUUGUGUGUCUUGCCACCCAAAGGAAGACUGUAUCGCGACUGGACACAAGGAUGGAAAAAUUCGUCUCUGGAGAAAUUUUAAUCACAGGAGAGAGUACACAUUCACCACCAUGCACUGGCAUCAUGACGAAGUUCUGGAUCUUGCCUUUUCUGUAGAAGGAACCAACCUCCUCAGUGGUGGGAUCGAGUCUGUCCUGGUUCAGUGGCGAGAUGGGUCGGAUGCUAAGAAGGAAUUCUUGCCCCGUCUGGGAUCCACGAUCCAGCACAUCUCUGUUUCUCCUGAUGGGACUUUCCUGUGUACCUCUCAUUCAGAUAACAAAAUAGUAAUCAUACACAGCAACCUGAGGGUCGCCUCAAUCAUCCAGGGGCUAAUCAAAGGUAGUGACAUCAAGACUGGCUUGAUGGUUGACCCAAGAACUAAAGCCUUGGUUCUGAACGGAAAGCCUGGCCAUUUGCAGUUCUAUUCCUUGCAAAACGACAAACAACUGUACAGUUUAGAUAUUGUGCAGCAGGAGUUUAUUCAUCAGUACGGUUUGACCCAGAUUGAGUUGUCGAAGGCAGCGUUCGACUCCAAAGGCAACUGGCUGGCCACCGUGGAACAGCGGCAAGGAAGCUGCAGUGACCUUGAAUUGCAGAUGAAGCUGUGGGCGUACGAUGAGCAAGCACAAAGCUUUACUCUGAACACAAGAAUAAAUAUGCCCCAUGAAGACUGUGUCACAGGUCUGUGUUUCCGCUGCACAGAUGAAUCUGAAAAUGCAACCCCGACAUUGGUGACAGCCAGCCGUGAUGGGCAUUUUAAAGUCUGGAUGCUGCUGGUUGAUAACGAGGAUGAAAAUGAAAGCAUAACCUGGGCCUGUGAUUUUGUCGGAAGCUAUCACCACUACCGAGCUACCAACUGCUGUUUCUCCGAAGACGGCUCUUUGCUUGCUGUUAGCUUUGAUGAAAUAGUCACUCUGUGGGACUCGGAAACGUGGGAUCUGAAAUGUACAUUCUGCCACCCCCCUGGAAUGAUACAAAACCUUUGUUUUGGGAGGCUGAGUUGUUCGAAAUACCUCCUUGGUAGCACCAGUACUGGCUUUCUGUGCUGCUGGAACUUGCUGAGCUGUACAAUGGAAUGGAGUGCCCAGUUAAAUGUCAUCGUUCUCCAGCCUGAUUGUCUCUCUGAGAACAUGGUUGCAAUUUCCUGGAAUUCGGAAUACUCGGAUGUGUUUGUGUUCAAGCCCAGCGAGCCGCAGCCGUUGUGCAUCCGGAGGAAGAUCUGCAGAGGCAGAGUCCGAUGGGCUAUCUUUGUUCCGAGAGAUGUGCCUGAAUGUAGUCGCUCCGAAAAAUAUCAGUGGCUUAACCAAUCUCAGUUUUACUUCAUGACUGAGACUCAUGAAUUGAUGACAUUUAGCACAAAAACACCAGAAGAGAGACUUACACCUUCCAGCAGACAGUUGGCGGUUGAGGAGAGCUUCACCAUGACGCCUUUUUACCUCCUACUGGGAAAGCACCGGCAACAGACAGAGGAGGCUGCAGGGAUUAGGAAAACACCCAUGCAGAGCAAUUUGCCCCAGGAGUCACCUGCAAUUAAAGAACUGCUUCACACUCCCGCACAUGUAUUACCAUCUGCCGCUUUCCUGUGUCCUAUUUUUAUUAACUCAUUGCUGGUAUCCAAAACAAAAGAAAGUACUGAUAACAUCGUCAGUGAAGCAGAAAUGGAAAGUGAAAAUGAAAAGAAUGGCUCUGAGGACGAAGCAGAAAUUGCAGAACUUCGCACAGAGGUUUCACAAACAACAGAGUGUUUGGAGAACAGUCUACCUCAGUUAUCCAAGGCUCAGGAAAGAGACCUGCGUAAAUUAAGAAAACUGGACUACAGCUGGGUAUCAGCACUCUAGACACGCAACAUUGUGGACUGAAUUUUUUUACCAAUAAUUUAAUAAGACGUUCAAUUUUGUUCAAAUAAACAGUGGAGUUUUUUGGGUCCAUCUGUUGAUCGCACAAAAUCUGGUUGAUCUGUUGACAGAAAAGUAAUGUAGGUCUGCAGUAAAUUAUGUGCAAUAAAAAUCUUUAUAUAUUAACAUAAAAA